GAUAUUGGUCUUGUGCAACCUGCAGGCAAUCUAAACCUCCUGCUAGCUGCUGCAGUCGCAGGAGUUCAGACCGAUGAUGACGAUGAUGAUAGCAGUAGUGACGAUGAGGGUGAUCGAGAGUGUCUGACACUUGAUAAAGCCAUGGAGCUCUGGAUGAAACACAAGACACAACAAAACGGUAAGAUUACUCACUUUAUAAUUUGAUACAAAGCCUGGAUAUAUUAACACUGGCCUCCAUCAGAAAAAAUGGCCACAUAACUUAAGAAAGAUGGACACACAGUGACAUGGCUGUUGUAACUGCUUAGACUUUCAACCUGUAAACUGAAAGGUCAGUAGUCUGGAGGGGCGCUGUUGCAUAAGCUUCUGUGUUGCUUCUUUCACCCUUCUGUAGAAAUGUAUACUCUUAAGCGUCCCUUUUUGGUGAAGUUAAGAACAAAAUCUUUUGUGACAAAAUGCCUUUUUUCACUCGAAAACUAAAAUAAAAGCCAGUUCAGAAAUUGUCCCCCCAACGAGAUUUUGCUCAGGCACUUCAUUACUGUAACAGUUUCUUUUCCUUUUUUCCCACUUUUUUCAACUAAUUUCCCCUUCUUUUUAGUGGCUAUCUAUGGUAGAAUCAUAUGGCUAUCAGUGUUCAGUGUGUGUCUCUCAAAAUAGCGAUAACAAAGAACUUCUCAGAAUUAUUUUCACAGCAAAUUGAAUUCAAUUCUUUUCCCGGGGAAGGGGGAGACGAGGCCGGCCCCAUCUUGGCCUUACUUUACUCUCUUUCCACUCACCUGUUGCAGUCGAAAAACGCAAAGUGAGAGUUGUUUCAAUGUGAAGUUGCGAUCCAUGUUCUUAUUUCAGUAACCUGCUAUUUUCUUAGAGAGUAAGUUGUCCAAUGAAGACCAAGCAGAAAUUGAAAGCGACGGUGACGAGUCCAGCGCGGAAUAUGAUUUUCUUGAAAGACAAACCCACGAGUUUUUUCACGACCUCAAAAAAUACGAUAUGACGACAUGGGAGAUGGAAUCAGUGUACAAGCUCAUCUCAAGUCUCACUGAUCUUCACAUUAUAGAGUUUGAUGAUUUCAACAUCACAUUAAGCAUGAUCUUUGGAGAAACUAUUCGGCACUGGCGUCCCGAGCCAAGCCUCACUGCAGAGCUGUUUUUGAGGUAUCUGCAACUGAUCUAAGAAUCCCUGAAACCCCUAAUAUCAAAUGACAUAUUCUCCCUACCGCUCUCCAUACAUUUCCUGUGGUACUUAUGAGAAGAAUUUGUUUAACAGUCAAGAGCUUCUUGUUUCGUCAUCAUGAAAGAAAGACCGCCCUUAUACCUUAUGGAACUUAACAAUAGCGAAGAAAUUACUUGUAAAUGAUAAGUCCGAUGGAGCUUUAACUUGCGUUAAGUUUGCGAACAAAUCAUAUGCCAGUAGUAAAACCAAACCGAUUAAAGUGCCAACCUUUAUGAAAAUCCAGUUGCUGGAUGAGAAACUGCUCUCCUGGGUAUAAAGUUUCAGUCACAAACGACACUGCGCGUUCUUUUAACUCAAAUUCUAUGUGGAAAGGAGGAAUAACUAACGGUAAAGGCAAUAGAGGAUAAUGGUCUUCAAACCGUUCAGCUGAUAAAGUUUACAUAGUUGUAUCCAUCAUCUGAACACAAUUUUAACAUCGUUGUGAGAAAUAUCUCUAUAUUUAUCUUAUGAAAACGUAUUUUUUUGUUGCUGUUUUAGAAUCUCUGAGAAAGAUGACGCGGACCUUUCAAGCUUGAUUCUAACCCUCUGCAAUGCUCCAUCGAAAGUCAAAUUCCUUGAGAGUCACGUGGCUUCCAUUCUAACAGCCGCACAAAGGAAAUUCCCAAAAGAGUGGACUCCAGAAGCCAUAGGAAAGCUCCUACAGGGUGUAGAAGAUAAUGGGUUCAAUAUCGACGCCACUGAGGUGUUCCACCGUAUGGGCAAGGAACUUGAUGACCCAGAAACCCUCGGGAAACUAGUGAGGAAUUACCUUUUGGUAAACGCAGAGAAGGACUCGUUCAGCUGCAGAUGUAAGACGGCUGAAUGCGAGUGCCCCGCUUAUGUGGAUGAAGGAAUUGCUUUUAUUGUGUUUGCUGGAUUGGAGAGGAAGAUGAACUGGAAUGAAGAAAGCAAACUAAAGUUUUUCAGAAUCGCUACUGAUACAUUAUGGGCACCUGAUGUUUUAACUGAACUGGGUAAUUUUUGUGUGUGCCUCCCUUUGUUUGUACAAAAGUGUCUAAACCGUAAGGUGGCUCGAUAGGGUUUUUCAGGGGCAAUAUCUCCCAAGUUUGUGCAUUAAGUACGUCGCCAUCAACAACGAUUUGGAGAAAUUAACACUACAACUGUAUCAGAUAGAGAUGAAAAUUCGUUAUGAUCAAUGUAACAAAAGUGUCUAAACCGUAAGGUGGCUCGAUAGGGUUUUUCAGGGGCAAUAUCUCCCAAGUUUGAGCAUUAACUACGUCGCCAUCAACAAAGAUUUGGAGAAAUGAACACCACAACUGUAUCAGAUAGAGAUGAAAAUUCGUUAUGAUCAAUGUGACGUCGGAGUUGUCAUGGAAACGAAAUGAAAACCGCUUGAUAGAUUUUUUUUUUUAAUUUAAGAUUCUAGAGAUCGCUUGAGAUUGCCAACAAUGCAUUGUACAAUGAUGUUAGCUUUUUGUUAUCCACGAAAAAAAUGAAAUACCUCGGUGGCGAAUUUAGUGGGGCCCGUUUCUCCAAACGCCCGUUAACUUUUCGGGUCCGGAAGCAAUUUUUCAGAAAUCAAAACCUGUUAAAUAGUUCACAAGCCGGUUAAUUUUGCCUCGUUAAUUGAAACCUUGUUUCAUUUUUAAAUGACUAUUGAAAAGUUAUCGGUUUGUCGGAAUUUUAGAAAAACGGGCCAAGAACUUUUGAAGACCACAGCUGUACAUACAUAACUCGUUUGUCAUUUGAUUUACACAAUAGGUGAGCUUUUUAACAUCAAAGAUCCCCUGAAAGUCUGUCAUCCCAGAGUCGACAAACGCCUGAACUGCAACGCUAAAGAAUUUGUUAUAUCUGAAGACCAAACUGCUGGCGAUAAAGUGCACAUGAAACCCAACAACAACAACAGCAGGAAGUGUAAAGGAGUGAGAUGCUCAAAUCAACCUAAAAGAGGCUGUGAUUUCGACAUGUGCGGACGCUGCUGUAAGAAGAUUUCAGAGCCGUGUUCCGUUCAUGAGGAUUUCAGCGUAUUUGAACCGCCGGUUUUUCAUAGAAAUUACAGCUUGAUGAAGAUCGAACCCAAAAGAUUUUUCAGGUUUGUUUUAGAAUCUUUUUACAGCAAUUGUCACACCACCACUUUACUAAACUUGGGCGUAUUUACUAAAACCAAACCCUCCAGAUUAUCAUAAUACAGGAUCUCAUCCAUCCAUCUCACCUCAUUUUUUUACUUAUUAAUAAUUGACCAUAAAAAGUAAAAGUUUUAUUAUUAUUAUUAUUAUUAUUAUUAUUAUUAUUAUUAUUAUUAUUAUUAUUAUUAUUAUUAUUAUUAUUAUUAUUAUUAUUAUUAUUAUUAUCAUUUUUUUAUUCUUCAUUUUGAACAAAUUAACCAACUCGAAGUUAUUAAUUUAAUUCCUGGGUUUAAAACAUAUAUCUUCCUUUUACAGCUCCAGAGCCGAUUUGGAUAACAUCUUAAGUCUGCCCACGCCCUUCAAAAGCGUAACAUUUGGUUCAGAUUUCUCAGUACGCGAUGAUGACGUCAUCAAAGCGGUUGACCUAUGCAAGGGCAUUCUGGUAGUCCUUGAACUCGGUUCUUCAAACACAGGAGCUGGCGUGUGGCUGUCAGAUACGGCCGUCCACCACAUUGCUGACAACUGUCCUAACCUGCGUAAACUCCGUUUGGAGUCAGUCACUGGAGUGACAGACGCCGCCGUGAGUGACGUCAUGAUGAAGUGCCCGCUGCUGGAAGAACUUGAGGUCAGCGGCCAUGAUCGUAGCUCCGGAUCUCUGACCGAUGAAUGUAUUAAGCGCUUGUUUGAUUUGAGUGUGUUACCCAAGCUGAAGGGUUUGAUCAUUACUGAUCAACUACGCGUGCGUCAUGAUGUCGUGUACCGUCUGCGCAGGCGUAGACCUAAUUUGAAGAUAAUCGCGGGUGAGACGGAUAGCGAUAGUUUUGCGCACUCGAUGGUGCUAUCCAUGUGUGGAUUGGAUUAUGGUGAUGGACUGUACUAG